AUGAGCGCUGAGCCCUUGCGAGAGCCCGGCUCUGCGCUGCCCCGCGCGGGGCGCGCCUGCCGCAGCGCCGUGGCGCGGCUCGCUGCGGGGAUAGCAGCGCUCUGGUCGCUGAGGUUUGGUCAGAAAACUGGGUUUGUGCUUUACGAGGUGUUUCUCCUUAUCUCCUGCGUCGUAUCGCAGUGGAGUGUGUGGAGCGGCUGCGCAGAGCCUUGCAAGACAACGUAUCGUGUUCGGAGGCGGCACGUCCUUCAGGAGCCCAGGAACGGCGGAGAGCCGUGCCCUCCUCUGGAGGAGCGGGCUGGCUGCGUGGAGUACUGGAGUCAGCAAGGAGCCGAGUGCAAACAGUCCUUGAUCCCAGCAUUAAUAACAACAGGAGGAUUUGGAAAAGCGAGGAAAAAAAGAGCUGCAGUUGAUGGCAACGAAAGAGCAGGAUACUGUGUUGAAUUCCAGCUCGUGGCCAUCACGCAGGGCUGCUUGCACAGUCACCACUCGUACACUCACUGGAUGCGGUACCUCCGGGAGGGCCACACGGUCUGUGUGGAGUGUCAGCACCCAGCGUUGGAUUCCAGGAGUCUACAUUGCUAUGGGGAUGGCCGCGGGAGCCAAAAGAAUCAGCUGCUGCACUGGCAGGCUGUGGGGAACCCACAGUGCAGGGGAACCUGGAAGAGAAUUCGCCAGCUGGACACUUGCUCCUGUCCCUCUGUUCACAGCUUCCUGUUCAUCUAAAUUCUCCUGAUGGUCCCAGCAAAAGAGCAGCGUGACGGCUUGUCUGGCACAAACGUGCAGCAGCAGCAGUGACCACAACCAAACCGGUGACUUCUCUGGGUCAAAGGUUGAGCUGUUUGCUUCCAAGAGGUUGCUGUCUGCCCUGGGCUGUUCUGACUCCUUCCUGUCCAUCUGUACUCCUCAGUUUUCAGAGUAAUCAGGCUGACUGUGAAGCAUCCAUCCCCUUCUCUCAGCACAUCCAUCCUUGCUGCCUCUUCUGCCUGGGAAAGGCCUUUCUGACCCUGAUGACUUUCAAAUUCACCCUUCCUUGAGAGGAGCAAGAAUUUACCAAAUAAGAAAGCGGACAGAAAAAAAGCCAGUAUAAACCCAUGAUUAAUUAUUAUUUCCCAAAGUCUCACUGAAUAAUCAGCAAAUUCAUGCAAAAUGAAUUAACUCAAGUGCCUCAUUUACGUGGCAAUAGCACUUCUUUGUGGCUGCUUCUUGCUUGUGUUUAUAUAUCUUUUCCUUGUAUUUUCACCCUCCCUGGUCUCAUCAUUUCAUAUUGGUCCUCAGUCUCAUAAAUGGUUGAUAGUGCCCUGUUGAGGUAAUGGCAAAACUUAGAAACAAGCCUAUUCAAACCUGAGAACAGAAGGUACCAGGGAUGAUUGUGUCCUUGGAUUUCAGGUUUCAAGAAACAUCUCUAAAUUUCCUCAAAGUGCCUUGCUGUCCUGGGGCUCUAAAUAGCAAGUCAUUCUGGCUGCACCAGGAGGGGAGCUAACUGUAGCCGUGUAUUUCCUCCUGGAAAAUAUUUGGAAUAUUUUCUUUAUUUUCUGCUGAUUUAUAUUCGUGUUUUUCUAUAAACGAAAAUAAAAGAGACUAGAGAUGUUC